AUGGGCCAGAGGAAAAUCUCGCAGGACGUGAAGCGGGGGGGGGGGGGCCGCUCGGAGGCGCCGGGGGACACCUGCCGCCUCCCGGGGAGUCUUCGGGCGCCCUCGACGACGGCCGCGGGGCAGGGGACGCAGGUCUCGGCAGGUGGACCCCCGCCCCUCACCGGCGCCCCAGCCGGCCUCUCCCACCCUGGCUUAGGGACCCCCCCCGACCCCCAGAUCUCGUAA